CAAAGCAGACAUCCGGUUUGCGCGUCCCGCUGCCGGGGGCGGAGGCGGCCAUGGUGCGGUUCAAGCACAGGUACCUGCUCUGUGAAGUGGUGUCUGACGACCCCCGCUGCCGCCUGAGUCUGGAGGACCGAGUGCUGGGCGGCCUGGUGCGGGAGACGAUCGCCCGCGUGCACGGCACUUUCGGCGCCGCCGCCUGCUCCAUCGGCUUCGCGGUGCGAUACCUCAAUGCCUACACCGGAAUAGUGCUACUUCGAUGCAGGAAGGAAUUCUACCGGCUUGUGUGGUCAGCUCUUCCCUUCAUCACAUACUUGGAGAACAAAGGACACCGUUACCAGUGUUUUCUCAACACCUUACAUGUGGGAGGUACAAUUAGAACAUGUCAGAAGUUCCUGAUUCAGUACAACAGGAGACAGCUGUUAAUCUUGUUGCAGAACUGCACAGAUGAAGGAGAGCGGGAGGCUAUCCAGAAGUCUGUCACAAGAAGCUGUUUACUAGAGGAGUCGGCUGGGGAGGAGCUUUCAGAUAGCGGUGGUGAGGAAGCUGCCGAGGCAAUGGAGUGAAUCUCUGCAGACUGCCCUGUGCCCAAGCCUCAGGGCCCAUUGUUGGGACAGGACAUUCAGGGAGGCAGCAGCAUCUUCUGCAGUUCUCAAACUGGAUGACUGCUGACCAGAGGCCAAAUGACUAGCUCAAAAUGGACUUAUUUGCUUAAAACUAAUCAAAGUCACUUUUACCCAGUAUUGCCUGGUUAAGUGGUUCUGCAGGUUGUAAAGCCCCUGUAGUUACAGACAUCUCUGUAUCUAACUGCCUGGCUGAGAGCAGGUUUAAUAAAUGUAUUUGGCUUCUGCAGCAUUUAGUGCGCAUGUCAAGUCCACACUUCCCGGACUCUCUUUCACCCCUCUACCCACUGCCUUGGUGGGAAGACCGGCUCUGUAUGUGGUACUAGAUGCUUAGCCUCCCACUUGAGACCUUGUACCCCCCUUCCCCGAAGAUGGGCCCUAAGUAAUCCAGGUCAUUCAGAGUAGCAGUUUGAGUGAGACACAGCAACUAAACUGGCACAGAUCUAUAGCUGGUCUCAGUACUGACCCACGGAAGCUUAAGAAUUCCAGGUUCCUUGCUAAUACUUAACCAGGUAACCUGACGAAAAAUACAGUUCUUGCACUUUUGAGUGGGGAAAAAACCUUGUCUUGCCUGACCUCAUUAUUACAAAGUAAAGUAGUAGCUGCCAACUUCUGGUAGUUUUCUGCAGUUCCACCCUUCCCCAUUGCCUUUUACCUGCCUGGCACCUGAAGGCAGGUGAAACAACACACUCACAGAAAUGAGGAGGGACAAGAGACUUAUGAUCAGUUUUGAUCUGCUACCUAUGAAAGACAUUUCUAGAACAUAUUUUCUCCUUAAUAAAAUGCAUGUUGCUCAAA